AUGCUGUCCAGUCUUGUGCCCACCCCUACCCUCGACCUCUCUGCUGCCGCUCGGGCAAAGUCGUCCAGACAGAACACAAGGACUGCCAGUGUCUCCAAUCCCGAUAUUGUACCUGUUGCUCCCCUCACUCGCACUGCUGUCUCUCUCGAGUAUGCCUCCCUUCGGCAUACCGGGCACUGUCCAUUAGGCAUGUAUGUAACCCCGUCGCCCGACAACCUCAUGGUAUGGGAUGCGGUGUUCUUCGUGCACCAAGGCUACUACACCGAUUCCAUAUUGAAGUUUCGGUUGACGUUCCCUCCGAACUAUCCAGAGCGUCCUCCGGUCGUGCAAUUCCUGACGGACGUAUUCCACCCUCUCAUCUCGCAACAAGACGGCACAUUCAACCUUGCUCCCCGUUUCCGCACAUGGAGACCGAAGGAGCACCAUGUCUUCGACGUCCUACACUGGGUGAAGGCUGCUUUCAAGAAGCACGCGCUGGACGAGAUCAAGGAGGCGGAUUGCUUCAACAAAGAGGCAUACAGACUCUACCACGACACCACCUCUUCGUUUGCCGCGCUCGCCACGCAAUCGUCCAUGCUCUCCCAAUCUGCAUCUGCGCUGUUCGACAAGGACCACCCCUCGAUGGCCGGAAAAGGGUCGCAUAGCAUGCAGUUCAAGGAGCUCAAGCCGGAGCAGCUCGACGCGCUCCGCGUCCGACUUGGAAUUCAGGAUUGGGACGACGCGCCUUCGACGUGA